CUCACUAAAACAUCUCCUACUUCUCCCUCCCUCUCUUGAAACCAUGGCCGAGGAAUCACCACCACCACCACCCCACGGCCACCCCACCGCCAAAAUGGCCGACGAAAAGCCCCACCACAAGCAAAAACAACCGCCCUACCCCCCGAAAGACCCCCGCCGCGCCCUCUGCGCCGCUGCCGCCAUCCUCCUCCUCCUCCUGGGCUCCGCCGCCCUCGCCCUCUACCUCAUCUACCGCCCCCACCGCCCCAAGUUCCGCGUCCUCAGCGCCGCCGCCUACCAGCUCAACACCUCCUCCCCGCCCUUCGUCACCGCCACCGCCCAGUUCACCGUCGCCGCCACCAACCCCAGCCGCCGCGCCGCCAUCCUCUACGACCCCCUCUCCGCCUACGUCUCCUACCGCGGCCGCGCCAUCACCCCCGCCGCCUCGCUGCCGCCGCUCCUGCAGGAGCCCCGCAGCACGGUGGCGCUGUCGCCGCUGCUGGGCGGCGCCGCCGUGCCGGUGGAGGCGGAGCUGGCGAACGCGCUGGCGAUGGACGAGGCGUACGGGGUGGUCGAGCUGAGGCUCGUGAUGGCCGGGAAGAUGAGGUACAAGGCCGGGGCGCUCCGGAGCCGGCGCCGCGGGGUUUCCAUCGCUUGUGACUUGCUCAUCAGUUUGAAGAAUGGCUUCGUCGGAAAACUCACUCUUCUUGGAUCGCCGCCGUGCAAAGUCUACCUUUGAUUGAUUUCCAUUUUUGUAAUGUUUUUUUUUUGUAUUUUUAAUUAUCACAAGUGUAAUAAUUAAUCGAACAAAAUGUCGUUACUAUCUCGAAUGUUAGAUUUUACGGGGCUAAGUACUCUCUCAUUUUUACGGGACAGAUAUAUACUCAUUCUGUCUCAGUUUAGGAGUGCAAUUUAGUUAGGGCACGAGUUUUAAGAAAUUUUUUGAGUAUGUAAUAAUUGAAGUGAGUUAGUGGUUGCCGAAGUAUGUAGUAAUUGAAGUGAAGUAGUGAAAAGUGGGAUCUUUAUUACUU